AUGACCCACAAAAGCCUCCGCGAAUUCGAAGUCCCCGCUCCCCCCCGCGCACCGGGCGUCCCUCUCGAACCCGACCCACCCCGUCUCUCUGAACUGGGUAUCGAACGCGACCCCGCUGUGGCCUCCUUGGCGGAAUAUGGACGAGGACCUCCCGCUGCCGAAGAGGCCAAACAUCAUGAACAUGAACGGAAUUUGCAUUUGGAUCAUAAAUUGCAGCCGAAUGCUGGAGUAGAUAAUCGGGAGGCGAGGUAUCAUACCCGUCGGCAUCGAACUCAUUAA